AUCUUUUUAUUAAGAUUUUAAACUUAAACAAUUUAACAUAGUUUUAACACCUACAUUACAAUAUAAUAUAUUUAGUUUUUUUUAUUUAAAAAAUAAUAUUUUAUAAACGUGAAAAUCAUUCAUGUCAAGUUAAACACAAACUAUAAGUAUGAAACUUGUGCCCAAUACAUAAUUUACCAAUCACUUUUGAAAGUUAAAUAUGAAAAUGACGUGGACCCAAAUUUACCACCACCAUUUUUUCUCUCUACAUUUCAAAAUUACAUACCUAACUUUACCGUCUUACGUCAAUGCAAUGAGCUAAUUGUAGUAAAUUGCAUUGAAUUUUAUUGGGUUUUGUAAUUGCAUCAAAGUUCUUGGCUUUAUAUGCUAUGUUGAUGAUCAAUCAGUUUCAGUUUCAGGAAAAAAAAAAUAAUAGAGGUUUUUGGAAGCAAGAAAAAUGGUUGCAUCACUAGUAGCAGUCCAACUGUUUGUGGAAAGUCCUGUGAGAACUGGACUCACUAACAGAAGUAGGGUUUUUCAGUUUUUCGGGGUAAAAUAUGUGCCGAAGAGACCCAAUGUUUGCAUCUGCUGCUUGGCGGAGGAUGAUGAAGAUGAGGGGCAUUUCGAGAGCUUGAAAUUGUCUGAUGCGUUAAUUAGUGGAGCAGUGGCAGAGAGGAUCAAUGGGCGGUUGGCGAUGAUUGGGUUCGUGGCAGCCACGGCGGUGGAGUUAAGCAAGGGCCAGGAUCUACUUACUCAGAUCACAUCAGAGGGUGGGAUUCGAUGGAUGGUGAGAAGCAGUAUGGUGAUAGCAAUGGCAUCGUGGAUCCCAUUGUUGAAAGGGAUGAGAAUUGAGGGCAGUUCAGUUGGGAUUUACACCUCUGAUGCUGAGCUAUGGAAUGGGAGAUUUGCAAUGUUGGGCCUUGUUUUUAUGGCAUUCCAUGAAUAUCUCAAGGGUGGUGCCCUUUUCUAAAGGUAAAAUAGGUCCCUCUGUUAUAGCUAUUUGAUCAAAUAAGUGUUUAAACUUUUAAAUUGAUCAGUUUAGUCUCUAAACUAUUUUAAAAAAUCAAAUUAAUCAUUAUACGAUUUAAUAGCCUUUCAAAGAAUCAAA